GUCAAAGGUCAGAAGAUAUUCUGGUGUCACCCCGUCACCUUCAUCUGUCGGCUCGCUACACACUACGAGCCUCUAGCCAUGAAGAACACGGUAGCCUUCCUCCUCCUCCUCCCUCUGCUGUUGCUGCUACUGCUGCUGCCUGGAGAGUGCCACGGCAGUUCCUUCGCCCAGCAAUGUUCCUUCAGUUUCCAAACCGUGGACGAUAAAUACCUCAACAUUACUACUGCACAAAAAACUACAGGUGACCAAAUAAACAUAACCAUGUAUGUGCGCCCACACCAAGACCUCAAAGUCGUGCUGGGAGUGGAAGGAAGCGCCAAGUACUACACCGACUUCUUGCUGGAAAAAGGCUGUUUCAACGGUUACAGUCAGUGGGGGGAACUGUGGGUGAAGGCGAAGCAAAUUAACCUAGUCACACGCAACAACCAAGAAUACAAACUCCAGGUGAGGACAAGCACGUGUACUGAGCCGUGUAUCGCGAUAAUAGAAAACAUGUCACAUUUUGACAGCCUCCACGUGUGGGCUUCUGGCGCCUCACAAUGGAGACUUGACCACCCGGGGAGACAAUGCGGCCACAUCCCUCAAUGGACGAGAGACUCUUACCAGAGCCAGCCCUUCCCCACGUGCACAAAUAUAAACCCUUCAUCGCUCUUAACAACUCACGUCAAGCCCACAACCCCUGCCACGUCCACGGCAACACUUACCAAGCACAAAGCAACCCUUACUAAACCCCCCACUACCAAGCUGUCAGCCGCUCACACUGGAGCAAUUAUAGGGGGACUAGUGGCAGGAAGUGUACUCGUGACAUUUAUAGUGAUGACUGUGGUGAGGAAGCGACGCGGUCAAGCAGCAACGAAAGAUGUAGCAGUGGAUCCACAGAACACGGAAUCACGACGUGAAGAAAAUGUCAACAGCCUGUAUGAACCUAAUUAUAGGCAACAACCACUGUAUGAAAAUGUUGACAGGCAAGGAUCCGUCAACAGCCUGUAUGAAACUGUAGACAGGCAAGGAUCCCUCAACAGCCUGUAUGAAACUGUAGACAGGCAAGGAUCCCUCAACAGCCUGUAUGAAACUGUAGACAGGCAAGAACCCCUGUAUGAAACUGUAGACAGGCAAGGAUCCCUCAACAGCCUGUAUGAACCCUUUGAAAAGUUUCGAGGCACACAGUAGGAGUCAGUAACAACAAGACUGCAAGACGUGUGGGUGUUGUCAGGCUCGUGAGUGCCCACACACACUUCACAAGGAACACUCUGUGGGGCACGUGGGAAAUAACGAGAUCACCAAAACAAGUUGCUCAAGGGACACAAAGAAAUGAGUUUUCCCUCUAACUGUAUUCAUAACUGGAAUCAUGUAGGUAAGGAUGUAAUAAGGACACACACACACACACACACACACACAAAUCAUAAAAGUUGAAGCGUUAAAGAAAGUUUGUAUCCACUUUCAUGAUUUCAAUUUUUAUACAGUUUUAUAGCAAGAUGUGAUUCUCAGUGUUGUCAAUGGCUAUAGUGUUUCUCAGUUGUGGCAACAAGCUGUGAACUACUGCUGCUGGUCACCGUCACUCUAGUAUCUCCUAAGCUCUGUUCGGUCCCUCGUCCUGCUCAGGGAAGCUAGUAGUCUGUAACAGCUAGAGGAAGGUGUUUUUAUACAGUGCAGUUCAGCUAAAGACGUGGUCAUAUUUCACAAAACGUUCCUGACAAACUAUCAUCCUGAGGCAAGCACGUCCAAGCACCACAUCCCCCGUCCUUCUUGGCUUUUGGGGAACUCAAUAUAGCUAGAGCAAGUCCCUCAGCCCAAUUGUAUCUUUCUGGUGUAGUGUAGUUCAUUUGCUUGAUUUACAGACAUGACUUUGAGUGAGCUUUGUGACAUGACACUUGUGGCAACAAGUGUCAUGUUAACAACACAGUCAACACUAACCUAAUUACGCAAAGUGCCGUGUUCUAGUCCACAAGGAAGAGAGCAGGAGAGCCAAGCGCCGUUCUGUAAACACUCUCUUCCCUCGUCCACAAUGAAUCCUGCCAACUGACGAAUUUGUAUUUCAAAACAUUUUUGUUUUCUUUAUUUUAUUUAUUUAUUUAUUUGUUUAUUUACUUAUUUGUUCUCGAGCAUUUUUUACUCUGCCAAAUUGUUUCUUUGAAAGUUGAUGACAAUUCUCGAUUCAGUUUUUGUCUUGUGAAUUUGAUAAUAUUUGUUGCAUUUUAAUGUUAAGCCACCUUUAUCCCUAAUUAGUUUAGCAUGUGUUACCUGCUGGGACAGUCGUACCACCUUCACUAAGGGCGCACGAACACAACACUUACAUUGCCAGAAAGAACAAUGCGUGCCAUUAUCUCAGAACUGUAGUCACAACCUUUACAUGGAGUUUCCGGACAGUGAUUAGUUACUGUUUCCGUUACUGCCCAAUGUGGUGAGAUUCCCGCACAUGCUUAUGCACCAAACCCACAUGCAGGGGUGGUCACUGAGGAUAUGUUUGCCCUUACACAUCACGGGGUUAAUUGGGAUGCUUUGAAUUUAGCCUUAGGAGAUGUUUGAAGGUGUGUGUGUGUGUGUGUGUGUGUGUGUGUGUGUGUGUGUGUGUGUGUGUGUGUGUGUGUGUGUGUGUGUGUGUGUGUGUGUGUGUGUGUGUGUGUGUGUGUGUGUGUUUACCUAGUUGUACUGCACAUGGUCCAGGCAAAGUUCAUUUUCUCCUGUCUCAUAUUUAUAUUUGUCCAGUUUCUCUUUAAAUAUGUGUACACUGCUGUUAACCACACCCUCACUUGAGUCACCCCAGACGUCUACAGCUCGAUGUGGGAAGCUACAUCUCUUGUGUCACCAGAACACACACUCUUGCUGAUCUUAUUUGUGUGUCCUGUCGUACGUCUCCUUGCUUCCUCCAUUUGUGGUACCAAGUUUUGUCUGUCUACCUUUUCCAUGCAGUUUACUAGUUUGUACAUCGUUAUCAGAUCUCCUCUUUCUCUUCUCUCCCAUUUUUUUCAGUCUCUUAUAGUUUAGAUCCCUUGUCUUAAUUUUCUAGCUCCCUCUUUAUUCUUUCCAACUUAUGUUUCUUCCAAUGUGGAGACUGGAGGCCAUACUACUGCCGCAGACUCCAGCUUAGGUUGUAUCAUGUUGGUUAUUUUCUUGAUCAUAUCGUUGUUUAAGUAAUUAAAUGCUACCCUUAUAUUUGGUGACAUCCUGUAUCAUUCAAACAUUCAACACUGUUACUAUGCGCAUAAAAUUAAGGUAUAAAUAUUGUUUGCAGUUUGUAAAUGGGGAGAUGGAAUACCCUGUAAGCUUUGUAAUGCAGGAAAAGCCCAUACAUUGCAGCACUUUAUGUUCUUGCCCAAAUAUAGAAGAAUUUAUGAACCCUAAUAUAAGUGAUGUCACUAUGCAAGCUUGUCACAUGAUAAAUAACAAUGUUGUGCCCAGCAUCUUAAAAACCACAAAUUAUUCGCUCAAUGGAUAUGAUUUAUUGAUUGUUAAACACUAUGUGAGACUUUAUAGGUCAGCUGGACGGGCAUAUCAACAUGGCGACUGCCUCCUUAGUUGUAUUAUUGUACGUCAAUAAACCCUUUGAAUUUUA